GCUGAGCGCCAGUUUGGUCAGUUGUGCUCCGAGUCCCGAAAACGAAAGUCGCUAGCAUUGACAGGCAGCCACUGAAACACAAAAAUAACCAAACAUCCAAAGGACGAAACGUAACUGCUAUCAAAACAAAUAUUGCCAAUAAAUACAACUAAACUUCGUGUUUGUGCUAAAAGAAAACCAAUUGCAAAAAGACUCUUGAACCGAAAACUUAUUUUUUGGCAAAGACCACAUCCCGCACAUGCGCGAAUUCCGCGAAAAAGAAAGCACAAAAGCAAGCUAAAAAGCGAGGCCCAAAAAAUAGACAAAAACGAAGAGCAAGGAGCCCCCACAUCGCCGCUCCCCCUCGCACGCACUGUGCGUGUUGGUCUAACGGUAACCGUGUCGCGGUCAAGCGAGAGAGUGGGAAAGAGAGAGUCCGCGAGCGAAAAGCGUAAACUUCCGUGCUCCUGCUCCUGCUCCCGGUUCCCGUUUCCAAAUUCUCCAGGAGAAUUGCACUUGGACUGUCCCCAAGCCGUCUAGAGCCGCCAAGAUGCAGAACUGGGAGACGACAGCCACGACCAACUACGAGCAGCACAACGCCUGGUACAACAGCAUGUUCGCGGCCAAUAUCAAACAGGAGCCGGGUCAUCAUCUCGACGGGAAUAGCGUGGCCAGCAGUCCGCGCCAAUCGCCCAUUCCCUCGACCAAUCACCUGGAACAGUUCCUCAAGCAGCAGCAGCAGCAUCAGCAGCAGCCCAUGGAUACCCUGUGCGCCAUGACCCCUUCACCCAGCCAAAACGAUCAGAACAGCCUGCAGCACUACGAUGCCAACUUGCAGCAACAGUUGCUGCAGCAGCAGCAGUACCAGCAGCAUUUCCAGGCAGCCCAGCAGCAACAUCAUCACCAUCACCAUCUGAUGGGUGGAUUCAAUCCGCUGACGCCACCCGGUCUGCCCAAUCCCAUGCAGCACUUCUAUGGCGGCAAUCUGCGACCCAGUCCACAGCCCACGCCCACAUCCGCCUCCACAAUUGCGCCCGUUGCAGUUGCCACUGGCAGCAGCGAGAAGUUGCAGGCACUAACACCACCCAUGGAUGUCACACCGCCCAAGUCGCCGGCCAAGUCAAGCCAGUCGAAUAUUGAGCCGGAGAAGGAGCACGAUCAGAUGUCGAACUCCAGCGAGGACAUGAAGUACAUGGCCGAGUCCGAGGACGAUGAUACCAACAUCCGUAUGCCCAUCUACAAUUCGCACGGCAAGAUGAAGAACUACAAGUGCAAGACUUGCGGCGUGGUGGCCAUCACCAAGGUGGACUUCUGGGCACACACCCGCACCCACAUGAAACCGGACAAGAUCCUGCAGUGCCCGAAGUGCCCGUUCGUCACCGAGUUCAAGCACCACUUGGAAUACCAUAUCCGGAAGCACAAGAACCAAAAGCCCUUCCAGUGCGACAAAUGCAGCUACACGUGUGUCAACAAAUCCAUGCUGAACUCGCACCGCAAGUCGCACAGUUCCGUGUAUCAGUACCGUUGUGCGGACUGUGAUUACGCCACCAAGUAUUGCCACAGCUUCAAGCUGCAUCUGCGCAAGUAUGGCCACAAGCCCGGCAUGGUUUUGGACGAGGAUGGCACCCCGAAUCCAUCGCUGGUCAUCGAUGUCUACGGCACGCGUCGUGGUCCGAAGAGCAAGAAUGGUGGACCGAUUGCUAGUGGAGGAAGUGGCAGCGGCAGCCGGAAGUCAAAUGUGGCAGCUGUCGCUCCGCAGCAACAGCAAUCCCAGCCAGCUCAGCCAGUCGCCACAUCUCAUCUGAGUGCCGCCCUGCAAGGAUUCCCUCUGGUUCAAAGCAACUCGGCUCCUCCGGCGGCAUCUCCAGUGCUACCGCUGCCCGCCUCUCCUGCCAAGAGUGUGGCCAGCGUGGAACAGACGCCCAGCUUGCCCAGUCCAGCCAAUCUUCUGCCUCCUUUGGCCAGUCUGCUGCAGCAGAACCGCAACAUGGCCUUCUUCCCCUACUGGAACCUCAAUCUCCAGAUGCUGGCCGCUCAGCAACAGGCCGCCGUCUUGGCCCAAUUGUCGCCAAGAAUGCGAGAGCAACUGCAGCAACAGAACCAGCAGCAGAGCGACAAUGAAGAGGAGGACCAGGACGAUGAGUACGAGCGCAAGUCGGUGGACUCCGCCAUGGAUCUCUCCCAAGGAACGCCGGUGAAGGAGGAUGAGCAGCAGCAACAACCGCAGCAGCCGCUGGCCAUGAAUCUCAAGGUGGAGGAGGAGGCCACGCCGCUGAUGAGCAGCUCGAAUGCCUCGAGGCGCAAGGGACGCGUCCUCAAGCUGGACACCCUGCUACAACUGCGAUCGGAGGCCAUGACCUCUCCCGAGCAAUUGAAAGUACCCAGCACACCCAUGCCCACUGCAUCCUCGCCCAUUGCCGGACGCAAACCCAUGCCUGAGGAACACUGCUCGGGCACCAGUUCGGCGGAUGAGUCGAUGGAGACGGCCCAUGUGCCGCAGGCCAAUACCAGUGCCAGUUCGACGGCGUCCAGCUCGGGUAAUAGCUCCAAUGCCAGCAGCAACAGCAACGGCAACAGCAGCAGCAAUUCCAGCAGCAAUGGUACCACCUCAGCGGUUGCAGCUCCUCCAUCCGGAACUCCGGCGGCGGCGGGUGCCAUCUACGAGUGCAAGUACUGUGAUAUCUUCUUCAAGGACGCCGUGCUCUACACCAUCCACAUGGGCUACCACAGCUGCGACGAUGUGUUCAAGUGCAACAUGUGCGGCGAGAAGUGCGACGGACCCGUCGGCCUCUUCGUCCACAUGGCCAGGAAUGCUCACUCCUAAGUUCCCCAUCACCAUCACCUUGUUAUUAUUAUUUAUCACUAUUAUCACAUAAUCGUUGUCCAGAAUUGUAUAUAUUCGUAGCAUAAGUUUUCCAAACAUUAUUUUGUUGUCGAAAAUUGUACAUAAGCCAAUUAAGCCGCUAAUUCUAGACCUAAGUUUAUCUAACUAUCCUAACUGUAUCGAACUGUAGCCACCUUUCACUCUGUCUCUUUACACUCUUGUAUUUUCGAAAUCGACUAAAAACCCUGAAAACGGUUUAAAAACUAUCAUAAAUGCAUGGAGAAACAUAAGCCUAAGUUAAAUCUAAUUUGUAAGUGGAGUCAAGCGAAACAACCAAACAAUACCAACAGUCCAAAGUCAAAUUAAUAAAAUAUAGUUUAUAACAUAUACAUAAUGAGUAUGUCUUCUAAAAUAAUUACUUAGUCUUAUUUAACCUACAUAUUCAUAUAUGCGCAUAACACUCAGUUCUUUCUCUGAUAUUCUCUCAGUAUUUUGUUAGUUGAAAGCGAAUUCGAAUCGAACGAAAUCAAAUCAAAUAAAUACAAUUUAUUCAAUAUAAUUU